GGCUCAAGAGCGGUGUUGUUGCACUGCUAAGUGACGGGUGGCACCAUGCGUUGCUGCACCGUGCCGAACGUUUACUUCCAAAAAUGGGUGGCCAUUGAGAACAAGCGCCUCUGGGGCCUCUACAUCUGCAUCUACAUCACCGUGGUGGCAUUGGUGGCGACGGCCAUUGGCCUCUUCCAGGUGUACAUCGUUCCGGUCGACCCCCACCUCCGUCUGCAGAUCUGGAAGGAUGUGUCCGUCAGCGGUGGAACCUGCCCCACCGGCAACUACGACUACGACCCCGGGAAUGGGACUGGCAACUGGGCCUUCCAAGGCGCCAGCUGCGCGCAGCUCUGCAGCAGCGGCAUGCCGUCGGCCCCGGGCUCCGGGGCGUGCGUGACGGAAGCGCAGCUGGCGCAGCAGGACGGUGACUCCAUCUUCUUCGCCACUGCCUUCAACGAGGAGGUGAGCUGGCGUUACCAUGGAGACCAGACUUGGAUGGCCAACCACUUCAGUAGGUGGUACACGGAGGUGUCCGCUGGUCAGAACGCCUCCGCCCCAGACACCCCGUGCCCCUUCCCGGUCACCACCACCAACAUGGCGGACGCACGCAUGUGCAAGAAGAAGGCCAGCUACCUCUUGCCCGACUGGACGGAGGGCAUGACCGCGAAGUGGGACAUGGGGUACCAGAUCAAGCUGCCGGACUCCUUCGCGCACGCCAUGGCGGGCAAGCAGCUCCUGGAGACCACCGGCUGCGCCACGGUCAUCAAGUCUGCGAGCGGCAGCACCAUCAAGCAGUUCGCAGCUGGAGAGAUGACGUCCAUCACUCUCAAGGACGCGCUGACUGCCGCAGAGCUCGCCUUGAGUGAUGUUAUCGGCGAGCAGGCAGACCUCCCGAACAACCAGCAGAGGGCCAAGAUCCAAGCGGUGGGUGCCACGUUGGUCUUCCACAUGGAGGUCACCAACAACGGUGAGGGCGGCACGCCUAAGAACGAGGUCACCGUGACAGGCGUGCCUGGCUUCGUGCUUCGCGAGGAGACGGAUGUCCUGGACGCGUAUGGGAGCCUCAGAGCUCGAAGCUACAGCGGAGUACGCAUCAAGUUUAGCUCGCGGGGCACAUUCUCCUGGUUCCGAAUGGACAGGUUUCUGUACGUCUUCACCAUGUGCUGCGUAUGGCUCCAGCUCCCGGGCAUGAUCUUCUUCGCCUUCGCCAUGCGCUUCUUGGGCACACUCUCCGAGGCUUAUGCUGGCUUCACGUACGAGCACAUCGACCUGAACAAGGAGGUGAUCGGUGUGAGCGCCCGCACGCUGAGCUACAGCUUCAGCUACGAGGAUGCCAGCGACUUCCACGAGGAGCACGAGGGGAAGAUUGUCUACGGCAUGUCGCUACGUCAAGUGCGGCGAAGGCUGCAACACGUCCUCAAUGGCCAUCAGACGCUCACGGGGCCCGAGCGCAAGCUCUUCACGGAGUUCUUCCUGGCGAACGCUGAGGGAGUGCUGCCGAGCGGUCGCAAAGCUGUUUGCUACGAUUUCUUUCUGAACGCCCUGAGCUCCAACGAAAACCUCCGGGGCUUCCAAGACGUGGUGUCGAUUGUGGACCCAGACGGGUCUAGCAAGAACGCGCUGGAAUAUGUCUUCCCGGACAACACGGUGGAGGCCAUGGAGGCCUUGGGCCGGCGCCGGCGCGUGCAGGCCAAGGGCACUGAUAGCCUUGUGCCGCACGACACGAAGAUGAUCGUCAUGAACCGGCUAAAGCUUCAGUCCAGCAUUUGGGCGGCGCAGAGGUGCAACCUCACGCGGUGCCAGCUGGGACAGGAAGCCUUAGAGCAGCAGCUCGAGAAGCUCCAGUCCGCCGGCAACUCUCUGCACGACUUCGCCUCCAAGCUGGGCGGCGCGGGCGAGGAGCCCAAGGACGAGGCAGAGGCCGCGGAGUGAGCGCUGCCGAUGAUUGGCGGGGGUUGCCUCGGACACCAGCCAAGUGCAUGG